GUGGGCGGGGCUGACCGCGUGAUGACGAUGAUCCUGCGCUUCCAUUGGCUCGUGUCACCCGUGACGUCACGAUCAUGAUUAGAAUUGAUGAUCGGACGUUUUGAUUUCAUUGUCUAGUGAGGGGAUCGGUAAUGAAAUCUGCUGAAUUCGAGGGGUUCGUUGAUUUCUCUACAAAAGAUCUGAGGGGUCUGUCCUGGAGCGAGCGGGCCGUGUGUGUUUCUAUCAUCCUCCCAAACACAGCGUAUAAGUGUCACGAUGGCUGGACGCUGGUGUGAAUAGACCUGUGUGCGUCUCUGCUGUAUGUUGAGAUUAAUUGCAGCUCAGCCUGAUUCCUGGGGUCUCUCAGCACAUCCAUCAGAGGGAUGGAAAAAUGGCUGGAAAAGAGGAGCAUUCACACUAUGAACCUGCGGUCUGUAUUCACCGCCGAGCAGCAGCGGAUCCUGGAGCGCUAUUAUGAGUGCGGCAUGAUCAAUCAGAGCAAGAGCUGCUUCCAGCUCAUCCUGCAGUGUGCGCAAGAGACCAAACUCGACUUCAGCGUGGUUAGAACAUGGGUAGGAAACAAGCGUCGGAAGCUGGCGUCCAAGGCGGAUCAGAACGGAGCCGGCGCUCAAGCGCUGUCCCAUCAGCAUGUUUCGUGCGGAUCUGCCGGGGCGCUCGUCGCAGGCUCGGUGCUGACGGCUGAGAUAGCGGCCAUGCGGAGCAUCCAGCGCGGCCCCCCGGUGACCCACCUCCUCCCUCCGCAGGCCUCGUCCUCCUCUUCAUCUUCCUCCCCACUCAGCGACGUGAUUCUGAUGGGCAUUUAUGCCAACUGCUUCGAUGCUACCGUUCACAACAGGACAGUGACGAAAUCACUGCCCUCGCACGCAGAAAUGGAGCCGCCCGCCGUGCAGCGGAAAUCCCCCAUCAUCCCCGGCGGCUCCAGCGUGCUCAAGUGCAGCCAGACGCUCAAACCCUUCCCCUCCAGAGACGUCAUCGCCCCCAGCGGAAUCCCCUGCCUCAAGGUGACGAGUGACGUGUCGGCUCCCUGGCUUCACAGUAACUCGCGGAAAAGAACGCUGCAGGACAGGACGCAGUUCAGCGACAGAGACGUGUACACGCUGAAGCGCUACUGGGAUAAAGGCAUGACCAGCCUGGGCUCUCUGUGCAAAGAGAAGAUCUCAGCGGCAGCCUGCGAGCUCAGUGUGGACACCGAAAUCAUCAAGACGUGGAUUGGUAACCGCAGAAGGAAGUACCGUUUGAUGGGCAUUGAAAUUCCUCCGCCUAAAGGAGGGCCGGUCAUGUUCCCAAAUCAUUCCCCUCUCAUCCUUGAAGACGAGCGCCAGACUCCAGAGCUGGGAGAGGCCAGCGAACACAACGACCUCGGGUCACUCUGUUUGUCUGACGAUGGAGCCAGUGAUUUAUAUCUGAAAGAAAAUGAUGAUGUAAACGAUGAAUCAGAUGGUUCCACCCCUGCUAAACAUGUGAAGAUUGAAAUCGUUGACGAAGAAGAAGAUGAUGAUGAGGGUGACAUGUUGACCACUGAGAUGGAACAGAUGCAAAACCUCUUAGAGUUCAGGAAUGAAGAAGUGCAGUUUCUUGAGAAUGAGCUGCGGAGCCAGAAGCAGAAGUUCUCAAAGCUGAAGAGCUUCACCAAAAGCCUGCUGAUCGCUGUGAGAAACAAAGACAGAAAGAAACAGCAGGAGCUGUUAGCCAGUCUACCUCAGAAAGUGAAUGAGGACUGGGACCUGGGCCUGGAAAACCACCGCGAGUCUGGCGCAGAGAUGCCCACCAUCCAGAAAGAGUCCUCUGUAUCAGAGGAGGAGGAGGACAUGGAUCAGAUGAGACUAUAAACGCAGUUCUGUUCCUCACACACGCCACAUAGUGCCUGUGGAAACCAACCAAUAACUGUUGGGCCAAACCAGUCAUUUUCUACAGCAUACGUCAUAUCAGACUGCCCUGGCCGGGUCCGGUACUAUCAAAUAAAUGCCACUAAG